GAUAUCCGCAUUGGGCCUACUGGCGAGGUAUGGGUACAUCGGGAAUGUGUGCUUUGGGCACCUGGCACUUAUCUGCGCGGCGACGGCGUAAUCGGUGGACUUGGCGAAGCGGUACAGAUGGCCUUAUUCGUGGUACUUUCCUUUGAUAACCUUUCUCUUCGGCACUUGCAAAAACUAAGUGUACGAUAA